AUGGGUAAAAAAGAACUUUCAGCGUGGAUACGUUCCGGCGUCGUAGAAAAGAAUCUUAAAGAAACUUUCGACUCCACUUUGGACGCGCUAUAUGAUGCCUGUCCUUUGAGAAAGUCCCGCGAGUCUAUAUGUAAAUCACUUCACGACCUUUUAUAUAGCGAUAAGACCUUUCGUCAAAGUUCUCUAGCACACAUCACGAUGUUCGGCUGGCUUGAAGAUAAAAAAUUAUCGUCAUCCUCUUCUUCCUCGUCUCAAAAACAGUCAAAGCCUUUUGCGGUUUUUAAAAAAACGCGGUUUCAUUCAUCUGCUGUUGGUCAACAUGCAACCGUCACCAAUCAUUGCAAAGAUAAUAUAACCGCUCGCGAUUCUUCUCCACCAAUUGAACAAUCAUUUUCUUUUACCGAAAAGGAACAAGGGGCGAUUGUAGAGCCUUUUAUUAAUCUUGCUGAGAGAGCAGUUUAUGAUUUCCUUGUCAAUAACGAAGAUAUUAUUCCUCUAGAAGUCGUUGAAUCAUUCGCGGAUAAACAGCGUCCUCCCAUUAGCAAAGACUUCCGCAACGCCGAUCUAUUAUGCAUGUUAAACUUUAUCCUGGAAAACAUUGUCAUUUUCUCAAAAAAAUCCGUGUUCCAUGGUCAAUAUAAGGCCAACCCUGUCGAGUUACUAAUUGACUUUAAAAAGAAGGUGAGAAAUAAAUUGGCUCAUGGAAUCAUACUUAACGGAAAAGGUCGUUGGAACGACCAUGCACUCCAGCACGUCUCUAUAUUAGCUUGUGAAGUUGCAAUUUGCCUUGGUGGAAAUUACGAAGAAGUAUUCGCUAACAAGAAAGAUGUUGAUAACGAAAUAAUUAAACGAUGGAUUGAUAAGGCCUCACAAAAAAGAAAAUCGGAAGUGAUACUUGAUAAUGAAGAUAAUGUCAACCCAUCACAAAAAAGAAAAUUUGAUGAUAAAGAGAAUAUUGAUGCGUCACAAAAAAGAAGACUUGGCGAUUCGGAUCUUGGGAAAAUAACAGAGUUCGUACUUGAUAUUUUCGAAAAUUUAGAAGGCACCGAAAAGGAUGAUAGAAAAAAGAUACUAAAAUUAGUAAUGGAUGAAAAUGAAUACGUGACAAAGUUUUGGAAAACAAUCAAGGCUGAAGAGAGAAAAAUUCAAGUUCGUAAAUUUAUUCGAUUUGCAAAUGUGAUGUUUGACAUUAAUUUGAAGGCGAAGAAUAAAUAA